GUUAAUAAUCUUGACAGGCUCUCGUUGUCAGGAAAAAAGCGUCUUUGGGGACAAACGUGCGCUGAAUUACACGCACUGCUGGUGCACUUGUUGCCACUUGGAUCCUGUGCUGCGAAAAUGCCCCAGUAAGUAACAAUGUGGCAAAGUGCUAGUGAAAUCUUUCUAGAGAAGUAACAAACGGGUGAAAGAGGCAGAAUAACAAUGAACCUCAGCUGAGAGGCUCAUUGGGGUGCCGCUGGGAAGGGGCUGCAAGCGGUUGGCGAGAAAGGAGUAGACGUAGCGGUUUGCUUUUGCCGCAAGCGUUGAUAAUAAAUCAAUAAGAACCUGGAUGAGUCAAUGGACCGGCGGAGGCGAUUAGGUAGCAUAGAAUUUCAUCAUGGCGGAAUGCUGGAGAGAGAGAGAGAGAGAACGAUAUGACACUGGCCUGUAACCAGUUGAAGGCAAACAUUUUUGGCGGGCUGUUCGACAUUAACAGCAGCCGUGUUGAGUUCAUCUUCACAUGCCAGCCGCUAGGGGAAAGGGGGGGGGGGUGUCAGUCAUCGCAGUUCCCUAUCAGGUCGAGUCAUUCUGUAUAUGAAGGGGGACGAGAGCGCGAGCCUGCAUCUUUCAAAGAAAUCUUUGCGAGUAGAAGAAUCAUGUCUGGAAGAGGCAAGGGCGGAAAGGGUCUGGGCAAAGGAGGCGCUAAGCGCCACAGGAAGGUGCUGCGGGAUAACAUCCAGGGCAUCACCAAGCCCGCCAUCCGCCGCCUGGCACGCAGAGGGGGAGUCAAGCGCAUCUCCGGCCUCAUCUACGAGGAGACUCGCGGGGUGCUGAAAGUGUUCCUGGAGAACGUUAUCCGGGACGCGGUCACCUACACCGAGCACGCCAAGAGGAAGACCGUCACCGCUAUGGAUGUGGUGUAUGCUCUGAAGCGCCAGGGACGCACUCUGUACGGAUUCGGAGGUUAAAGGCUCGCUUCUGUUUCCUCAUCAAAACGGCCCUUUUAAGGGCCACC